AUGGAGAAGGCGAGAGAACGCAGAGAUCGCUUUCCGCCAUCGGCCGGAUGGCCUCAGGUGCCUACAGACAUCGACUACGAAGUAAGAGCGUUGGGAGGCAGGACUCAUGUUUUCGACACCUUGCCCGAGAACAUACAGGCUCAAAAAGCGCCGGUCACAAAAGAGAAAAGAUUGGAAGAGCUCACCCGGGAGGUUGGUCGCCUUCGACAGGAGCUAGAUUACUGGAGAAGUCUUGCCAGGAGUGGCUCGUCUCUCGUGACUGAGCUCGAUAAGAUAGUCAAGCAGAUGAACAUCAUCAUCGACACUUUCGACCACCAAAUCAGUCGAUGCAAUACUUCGUGGACCGACAGAGCUGUGCCGAGCGCAGGCUCAGUGCAUUCUGUUCCCGUGGAUGAGCACGACAACGACAGUUUCUAUGGCCAAGAUACUCGACCAGAAACAUCAGAGGAAACCCUUCAGAGCAUUGCUUUCACCCCCUUUAGGACGAGCGACAAGCGAUAUGACUUCCAGAUCGUAAACACCGCAGACCGUCCGUCGACGCCCUCACGUGGUAGCGGGAGGCAUAAUUGGCUGUAA